GCUCAAACACCCGCCCAGAGACGCGCCAACGAAAAACACGCCAAAGGCGUCGAAAAGCGCAUGGGCAAGCCCGAAGCCGUGUACAAGAAGAAAGAAUCGAAAAGGUCGCCCCUCGGCAUGGCCGCUGUUGCUCUUCUCAUCUUUGUCGUCGUCGCGCCACUGCUGAUCGAGCAGUUGCGUCUAUUACCGGCGGUCUGGCAAUUUCUGACGGAUCUCUUGGCCAAGGUUGGUCUGGUGUCCAAGUGA